UGUUAUUGUUGUUAAAAUGGCGACCGGAGGAGAGGCCCCCGAAUCUUGGUACCUUGCCCUGUUGGGAUUUGCAGAACAUUUUAGGACAUCUAGUCCCCCGAAGAUUCGUCUUUGCGUGCAUUGUCUCCAAGCCGUUUUUCAGUUCAAGCCGCCGCAAAGGGUCGAAGCGCGAACUCACCUUCAGCUGGGUUCUGUGUUGUACCAUCACACUAAGAACAGCGAGCUGGCCCGGAAUCACUUGGAAAAAGCGUGGUUCAUCUCACAACAACUCCCUCAGUUUGAAGAUGUUAAAUUUGAGGCAGCAAGUCUUCUGUCUGAACUGUACUGUCAACAGAACCUGGUGGACUCUGCAAAGCCUCUUCUGCGUAAGGCCAUCCAGAUCUCCCAGCAGACUCCAUACUGGCACUGCAGACUACUAUUUCAGCUCGCUCAACUACACACUCUGGAGAAGGAUCUGGUUUCUGCCUGUGACUUGCUGGGUGUCGGGGCUGAGUAUGCCAGAGUGGUGGGCUCAGAGUACACCAGGGCACUGUUCCUCCUCAGCAAAGGCAUGCUCUUGCUUAUGGAACGAAAGCUCCAGGAGGUGCAUCCGCUGCUGACUCUGUGUGGGCAGAUCGUGGAGAACUGGCAGGGCAACCCCAUCCAGAAGGAGUCGCUCCGCGUCUUCUUCCUCGUGCUGCAGGUCACACACUACCUGGACGCCGGACAGGUGAAGAGUGUGAAGCCUUGUCUGAAGCAGCUGCAGCAGUGCAUCCAGACCAUCUCCACUCUCCAUGAUGACGAGAUCCUGCCUAGCAACCCUGCGGACCUCUUCCACUGGCUCCCAAAAGAGCAUAUGUGUGUGCUGGUCUACCUGGUGACGGUCAUGCAUUCGAUGCAGGCUGGGUAUCUGGAGAAGGCCCAGAAGUACACAGACAAAGCCCUUAUGCAGCUGGAGAAGCUCAAAAUGCUGGACUGCAGUCCUAUUCUCUCCUCGUUCCAAGUCAUCCUUCUGGAACACAUCAUCAUGUGCCGCCUGGUCACUGGACACAAGGCUACUGCCCUGCAGGAGAUCUCACAGGUCUGUCAGCUGUGUCAGCAGUCCCCACGCCUCUUCUCCAACCACGCAGCUCAGUUACACACACUACUGGGUCUGUACUGCAUCUCUGUGAACUGCAUGGACAACGCUGAAGCCCAGUUCACCACUGCACUGCGGCUCACUACGCACCAGGAGCUGUGGACCUUCAUCGUCACUAACCUGGCCAGCGUCUACAUCAGAGAGGGCAACAGACACCAGGAGCUCUACAGCCUGCUGGAGAGGAUAAACCCAGACCACAACUUCCCAGUCAGCUCCCACUGCCUGCGUGCGGCUGCGUUCUACAUCAGAGGCCUGCUCUCCUUCUUCCAGGGCCGGUACAACGAGGCCAAGCGGUUCCUGAGAGAGACAUUGAAGAUGUCCAACGCUGAGGAUCUGAACCGUCUGACGGCCUGCUCCCUGGUGCUGCUUGGACACAUCUUCUACGUGCUGGGGAACCACAGGGAGAGCAACAACAUGGUGGUGCCAGCCAUGCAGCUGGCCAGCAAGAUCCCUGACAUGUCUGUCCAGCUGUGGUCCUCUGCAUUGCUCAAGGAUCUGAACAAGGCAUGUGGGAACACCAUUGACGCCCAUGAAGCAGCACAGAUGCAUCAAAACUUCUCUCAGCAGCUGCUGCAGGACCACAUAGCUGCCUGCAGCCUGCCUGAACACAAUUUGAUAAGUUGGACAGAUGGGCCUCCUCCAGUGCAGAUCCAAGCUCAGAAUGGACCAACAACCAGCCUGGCCAGUCUGCUCUGAGACUUUAAUGCAAACAUGUGCACACACUCGCAUACACACACAUGAACUACCCUUUCCCAGACACACACACACACACACACACACACACACACACACACACACACACACACACACACACACACACAAUCAUGUUGGCCUCUGCUGAAUUUUUCUUCUAAGAAUUUCAGAUUUUUUGUCAUUUAAAUUUUUGCUCCUUCACUGCGUUGCCCCAUGUGCCAAUUCCUACGUAAAGUAAACAUCCACCUGAGCCAUUGGACACGCUCAGCCUUGCUCUGAUUGGCUACUGGGUAGAUGUGGUGGCUCAGCUGAUAGGAUUAGAGAGCGCAGGACCUGGUCUGAUGGAGCUCCGAAUAUAAUGGCCCUUUUGCCAUUUCUGUUGGUUGUGAGGUUUUGUCUCGUCCCUGUUGGUUCCUGCCUGUAGCGUCCCCUGCAGUUGAAGGAUGGCAGCUGUGUAAAGCGCGGCCUCUUCAUGUCUCUGUCGCAGCCCGAAGGAAAAAACGACACUUUCUCAUUUUAUAGACGCUUAUUUUUUCUACAUUUUGUACAUUAUAUUUCUCUCUGGGGAUACUUAUAUACCUGUUUUAUGUUGCAUUCAUCAUGAGUAUGAAAUAUUGGAGGUUAUAUGUAGUGAUUCACUAUUUUUGUGAGAGACGUUAGAAAAGGUUUUUUUCAACUGUUAAAGGAGCAUUCCGGCAUAAUAUUGUCUAAUAUUAUGUUAUUUGUUUAUUUUUUACAGUGUUACUGCUACUGCUGAUGAAAUAGUUUGUUGUCAUUACAGAUAAACAGUUAGCUGCUACAGUAAACUGAAAAGUGAUCAAAAAGAGGAUGAUGUCACCGGAAAUACAUCACAGGGAAUAGUUUCUCUGUUGUGAUGUAAUUUCCUGCUGGCACAGGUUGCAAAGGCUCUUUUACCAAAGAUCCUUGAUUAUUCACCUCUUUGCUUCAACCCUCUCCACAAUUACAGUGUAGCGCUGCAGCACAGAAUCCCAGUGCAGAUCUAUUAUACGGACACACAUAGUGUGUGUUUGUGUGUAUGUAUGAAUUGUCUGUGUUUCUUUUACACACGUUGACAGCCUUCACACACAAAAACGCAAACACACACACACACACACACACACACACACACACACACACACACACACACACACACACACACACACACACACACACACACACACACACACACCACCAUAACAAGUUUGUAGACAGCUCAGUGGUCUCUGGCCUUUGCCAUAUGUGGUGCUGUCCGUUUGAUUCUUGCUCCAAUCUACCCUCCCUGUCUGCCUCUUCACCUCUCCGGGUCUCACCAAGUCUCCUCAAAGUGUUGCAGCUCCACUGUGUAAUACUGGCUGUUGCCAUGCAACGUGCAACCUCAAAACAAAACAAAAUGGAGGUCAUUUCUCAUGGCACCCAAAUCAGUUGUUGUUGUCUCAGUCAGAAGACCAGCCAGUCUGCGAUUUUUUUUUUUUUUUUCUCUGAUGUUGGCAGACUCUGGAAUGUGGCUACCAAGAUCCAAACGGCUCUCCUCUAAACUGUUAAACAUCACUGAAAUCACAAACUGAAUCACCUUCAGACAAGGUCAUGUGGAGAGACCUUCCCCACUUACACAAUGACCCAGUCCCAGUAGUAGGUUUGUGGUUUAGGGAGCUGUUUAUCGUCCACUACUAGUCAUGUUUACUGCGAUGAUGUGGUGUUUGGGCCGGAAUGCUCCUUUGUAAAGCCUGGGGAAAUUGAUGUGACCAUGGGCAUGAGGGUUAUGGGCAUGGCCAUGGGCAUGGGUUAUGAGGAAAAGAAUAAAUAACAACAACGCUGAGUCACAUGUAUGUUCGUCACAGCUGACAGACAUGAAAUCUCAAGACGAGGGUUUCCAACCGACCAUGGUGUUGAUUUUAAAACCAUUUGAUCCCUACUCCCAACCUCGACUUGAUGGUUCUGGAGAGCUUUCACAUCCCAUGUUAGCUAUUAAAAGCGCUGUUGGAAAUUCACUGUUAGACGCUGCUGCUGCUGCUGCUGUGCUGGGCUUGCAUGAUGAACACUUGAGGGUGUUAGCCAGUAGAGGGCGCCAGUCGGCCAUGUUUGGCUUGCAGACAGGCCUGUCUGCUUCUAAUGCCUUUUGAAGUAGCCUACUCGCCAGACAAUAUUUGCAAUACUUUUUAAAGUGUACACAUUGUCACAUUUUUUGGAAAAGGUGAAAGAAAUAUUUGCAGGCUGCCACUGUUUUAUUGUAUAUUUUUGUCUGUAAUUUCUUCAUUGUUAGAAGAUGUUUUUUUGUUGUUGUUGUUUUCACAUUUUUGU